UGUGUCAAUGUCAAAUUGUCAAAGUUGGCGAAAUGAGUGAACGUCGGGUGAUUUGUUUUAUCUAAUUUCGCAAAUUAGAAAAUGAUACAAUAUUGAAAGGAAACACGUCGAAAAAUGGAUGAAAACGACUUCUUCAGGCAGACCGUGCAGCAUUUGGCACGAUGUCUGUCCUGUAUCAACCCAACGCCAUGGGAAAAGGUGAACACAUUAUUUAUGCUGUGUCCACAAGUCAGCUCCAGUAUAGUUGUGACACCUCGCAGUCAAGAAGCCAGUAUAGCUCUGGGCCUAUACUUCUUGCAGAGCGGUCUUCAACAUCAGGACAAAUUGUUGCCAUACUUCCUGAAAGUACUUAAAGGUCUCUCUAAUGCCCAGUUUGAAGAGCCAAUGUAUAGAGUAAAAAAUGGAGAUCGAAUUCCAAUGUCUGAAAAAUUCAGCUUCUGUCUCAACACGCUCCUCUCUGACGUUGCCAGGAAACAGCCCAACCUCCGCGAGGAGAUUAUCACAGCACAAAUCGAACUCAUGUCCAACUUGACAAAGAUCAUAAACAACUGCCACGAGAGCAAGGACUACCUCGCGGUCUCCAAGUUGCAAUUGUGCAAAAGCACGCUACCAAUUUUAAUAGGUCUAGCAAGAUCUAUGGGGCGAUUUGCGACUGUUGAGCCACCUUUAUUGUGCCGGUUAUUCCCUCAGCCGAGCAGUCCUGUAAAAACUAAAGAACCAGAGCCCAGUUUCGAAUAUUCCACUUUGGAUAAGAAGAGAAAGUUCAAUCAGUUCAGGCCGAUUAUACCCAGGUCUUUAUCUGGGAAUCUCAACCCGAAUAAUGAGAUUAUUAUUGAAAACGGUAACGACACUAUAGACAGUACUGGAGGUACUCUAAAGCGAGGAUCCUUCCACAGCUACAAUUCGGUUCCCUACGAUCCUACGACGUAUUUCUUUCACAAGUUCGGAUCGAGUUUCAACCAGUUUCCGUACAUGAGGUAUUCGGAGUCGCCAGAGAAAAGGAUUAGUGUGCAGUUCUACGUGACGUAUCUCCAGUCGAUUCUCUCGCUGGCGAAGAAAUUGUUGACCAAAGAUCUGUUGGCGUUUUUGGAUGAGGAAGCCGAGGAUAUAUUUGCAUCUGGACAAAUACAGGUGUUUCCAUACAAAUCGUUCUCGGAGACUUUAAAUUUAGUUAUGGUGACUCUUUUGAGAGAUAUUUUACAACACCAAAAAGAUUUACCUGGACCAUUCACCAAAGAUGUGCAAGAAUUCGUGAAAUGCCUAUUUCUGAGCGGCCAGACUGAGCUACAAAGCCGACAUCACGAUGCGUCUGAGAAAGAGGAUAGAGAGAGUAAUUUUGCUACUGUGAACAAGUUUAAAGUGAAUGUCAUGGCAAAUUCGGCCUGUGUCGACCUUCUUGUGUGGGCGAUUGGUGAUGAAACAGGAGCCGAUUCCCUUUGCGGAAGGUUGACGGAGAAGAUAAACUCUAAUCACAAUCACAAAUUAAUAUUGGCCCAUAUGCCGUUACUUAUGGUGUGUCUUGAAGGGCUUGGAAAAUUAGCGACAAAGUUCCCGACGAUAGCAAACACAUCGAUAUACUGUUUGAGAGAUUUCUUAGUAACACCCUCGCCGAUACUUUUUAAACUGCACAAACUUGAACUUGAAAAAACUGGGAAAGAACAUAUGAAAGCAACAAGCAAAGAACAUCAGAAUCUGACAGAAACGGGUGCUCCAGUGAAGUCGACCCCGUUCGAGAAGCUCCGCGACGCUGCCAUAGAGAACCUGUGCGUCGCUCUGGAGGCGGCGCUCACUGUGGACCCCUUCUGUGUGCCGGCGCUGGUGGGGUCCGUCAGCAAUAGACUGUUCACUGCCGAGACUAGCGAUAGCGAGUCGUCACUAAUCAGCACAAACAUAGUGAUAAUGUUGGGCCACGUGGCCGUCGCUCUCAAGGACACGCCGAAGACAACGGACACCAUAUUGCAAUUUUUUCAACAGAGGUUGUGCCGUACCCCGUCGUCGCUGGAUACGCUGAUCGUGGACCAGCUGGGCUGCAUGGCGCUGGCCAGCCCCGAGGGCCCGGCGCACGACGAGAUCAUGCGCAUGUUCACCGUCAUCACCGUGGAGUCCGCCAGCGCUGCCUACCAACAUACUGACGAUAGGAAGCAGUAUCGGCACGUGUCCGGAGCAGUGCUCAACGCGCUAGCGAACAUAGCAGCGAACGUCCGCGGGACGGUGGCCAGACUCGAUCUGCUCACUCGUUUGCUCGAGCUGUUCGUGCAACUCGGGCUAGGGGGCGAGCGCGCCACCGACCGGUCGCCCGCCCCCGUGUUGAAGGCUUCGGGCAGUGCCGGCAACUUGGGUGUACUUAUACCUGUUAUUGCGGUACUAGUCAAAAGGUUACCUCCAAUAAAAAACCCAAAACCUCGUCUACACAAACUCUUCAAGGAUUUUUGGUUGUACUGUGUCGUUAUGGGAUUCACCGCUGCUGAAUCAGGAUUGUGGCCUCAAGAAUGGUAUGCGGGUGUAAAGGAGAUAGCAGUAAAAUCACCCUUUCUUGUGUCUCAAACGUCGUUACGUUCGGAAAUGCGAGAGUUACAGUACACGUCAGCUGUUAGGAACGACUCUGUGUCGAUCAACGAAUUGCAGGAGUUGAAGACACAGAUAUUGAAUCUGUUGGAUCACCCGCCGGAUGUGACGCCGAUUGUGAACAAAUUGACGUUUGCGCCGUGUAUGUAUUUGUUGAGCGUGUACUGGUUGGAGACUUUAAGAGUGUGUAACUCUCCAGAGCCAAGCUUGCAACACAUUAUAGAGUAUUUAAGUGACACGGCGCUGCAGAAAGAUAAGAGCGGUAUGUGGCAAUGUGUUGCCAGCGUCGGCGACAAGGUAUUCCAAAAGUUCCUCGACGUGAUGUCAGAAAAGCUCAAGGAUGAAUGUCGUGAAAGGGAACUGGAGGGUCACGCACAGUUCCUGUUGGUUAACUUCAACCACAUCCAUAAGCAGAUCAGAAGGGUAGCGGAUAAAUGGUUGGCAGGACUGGUGGAUAGGUUCCCGCAUCUUCUUUGGAAUUGUCGGGUGCUUUGGUCAAUGCUUGAUAUUCUCCAAGUAUUGAGUUUCAGCUUGGAAUUAGACGCAAACCAAGAGACGCCGCUUUUGAAAGUACCAGGUACUGAUUUUACUUUGCAACUCCAGGACACUUUGGAAGGUCGUGAGGGCAUAGUAAAAGAUUUCGCUGAUCGCUGUCACGGAAUCGUACAAGAAGCGAUGAAGUGGGCUCCACAGUCUACACGGUCACAUUUACAGGAAUAUCUCAAUCAGGUUCCAAACUCAACACUCUGGCAUCACUGUGGUCUAGCUCUCGCAACGGGAGCUCUGUUAGGGGCGGCCGGUUUGAACCGCAUGUCGGCGCCGCUGCCGAGGUCCGCUCUGGACAAGCGCCCGCCUUGUGUGACACAAGACUCCGCUGCUUUGCUGGCGGUGGUAUCACAAAGAAGCCGAUAUGCUGGCGAAGAUCUGAUGAUGGCAUCCUGGAGAAAUCGAGGGGAACUUUCGAAAAUUGUUGGGACGGCUAGUGCGUUUGUAGCGGGAGCGGUGCACGCAGACGGCGGCGGCGAAGCGGCCGUGUGGCGAGUGGGCUUGCGUCUGCACACGGCGCUGCGGGACGCCUGCGCCAGCGGCAGCGAGACGGCGCACCGAGCGGCGCUGUGGCGCUGUACGGCGCUGUUGGUACACGCCAGAUCCGCUAACUCGGGGACGCCGCCCACAGCUAGAGCAGUACUUCACAGUAUUGCGUGGUCCCAAGUGGACAUAUUCACGGAGGACGCAGUGACAACAGCGGUGGAGUGCUGGCAGUGGCUCAGCACGGCUCGGCCAGACCUGGAGCUGCGACUGCUGCAGGAGAUCUUCAUGGCCUGGCAGUGCACUGUGGACAGGAAGAUGGGCUUGUUCUCCAAGCAGACUGACGAGAUUAGCCCUUUAGCGGCAUAUGAAGGUGCUAAACUAGAACCGAGACCACCAUUCGUGGCUCCUCAUGCGGUGUGGGUGCGGUACCUUUGCGAAGUAGCCGAGACGGCUAAAUACAAUAGUUUAGAAAAAGUAGAAAUGUUGGCCAGUUUAUUGCACAGAUCGUUGCCCGUGACCGUUGGUGAUAUACGUGAUCAUAUCAACAGGCACGUCGAAGCCGCGGGGGUGAGGUUUAGACUCCUAUCGUGCGGACUGUCUCUUCUGCAAGGGGACAUCUUGCCCCGGUCUCUGGCGCGCAACAUCCUCCGAGAGCGGGUGUACAGCGCUUGCCUAGACUACUUCUGCCGCGGGCUGCAGUGUCCCGCCAAGAUGUCCGGCGCUCUCAGGGAGGACAUCAUAUCGCUGAUCAAGUUCUGGCAACUGAUGCACUCGGACAAGAAGUAUUUGAAGAGUAGCGAUAUAGGGGCGGAGUUUGAGCUCAUGGGCCCGAGCAGUAACCAAAGCAUCUACACGUCAAACUCACCGACCGACAACCGCUCGUCAGUCAACAGUAGUGAUAUUGGCAAUCGACAGACUACGGGCUGGAUUAAUACGGUGCCCAUGUCAACGACGACGUUGUCUAGCGGGGCGGGCAGCGUGGCGGGCAAGAGGUCCAUACGCAGCAUCAAACCGCCCGCCAAGUCGCAGGACCCCUUCGUCAAGGACUAUGUACGGAAAAGGAAUCUUAUAUUGGAACUCAUGGCAGUAGAAAUAGAGUUCCUCGUAACGUGGCACAACCCGCACAGCCGGCCGGAGCAGGCGGUGCCGGGUGAGGACAACAUAGCGACGUGGCGCUCCAAGCCCAACACUGAGCGCACGUGGCGGGACUACACCAAGCUGGCAUGGGACAUUAGCCCCAUGUUGGCUGUGUUUUUACCUGAAAGACUGAAGAACGAAGGUAUCAUAGCCGAGAUUAAGAGGAAGGUGCAAAUGCAUCCCACAUCGGUCUGUCACAUACCGCAAGCGAUGAAGUAUCUGGUCACCACAGAGAACUUGCUCAGUGAUGCACAUGAGUUGGUGCACAUGGUGACGUGGGCGCGGGUGACGCCCAUGGAGGCGCUGUCGUACUUCAGCAGACAGUACCCGCCGCACCCGCUGUCGGCGCAGACUGCGGUGGCCACACUCACCUCAUACCCGUCCUCUGCCGUGCUGUUGUACAUUCCACAACUCGUCCAGGCUUUGCGGCAUGACACUAUGGGCUAUGUAUCGGAACUUAUAAAAUCCCUGGCAAAGAAUUCUCAAGUGGUGGCGCACCAGUUGAUUUGGAACAUGCACACAAACAUGUAUACAGACGAGGAAAUGCAUAAUAAAGACACGGCACUGUUCGAUACACUGGAGAAUCUUACCAAGUGUAUAGUGGACACGCUCUCCGGGCCCGCGAAGGCGUUCUACGAGAGGGAGUUCGAUUUCUUCAGCCAAAUCACCAACAUCAGCGGAAUUAUACGACCGUUCCCGAAGGGGGCCGAGAGGAAACGAGCGUGUUUGGAGGCUUUGAAAGGUGUUAAGGUGCAGCCUGGCUGUUAUUUGCCGUCAAAUCCCGAUUCUAUGGUCAUUGACAUUGACUAUAAAAGUGGUACCCCCAUGCAGAGUGCGGCAAAAGCGCCGUAUCUGGCGCGUUUCCGAGUCAGAAAGUACGGCAUUGCUGAGAUGGAAGCUGUUGCUAUGGCCAUCGCGUCUGGGGAAGAAUUACCAUCAGAGGAAGGCAAAGACCGUUACACAUCCAUAGCGGCGGAGACGUGGCAGGCGGCCAUUUUUAAAGUGGGCGACGACGUGCGCCAAGACAUGCUCGCGCUUCAGGUCAUCUCGCUGUUCAAGAACGUGUUCCAACAAGUCGGCCUGGACCUGUACUUGUUCCCGUACAAGGUGGUUGCCACUGCGCCUGGGUGUGGCGUGAUAGAAUGCGUGCCGAACGCCAAGUCUCGAGAUCAGUUGGGCAGACAGACAGACAUCGGCAUGUACGAGUACUUCAUCAAGAAGUAUGGCGACGAAACUACUAGAGAAUUCCAGGCCGCUAGAAGAUGUUUCGUGACAUCGAUGGCCGCCUACAGCGUGAUCGGGUUCCUGUUGCAAAUCAAGGAUCGACACAACGGCAACAUUAUGCUGGACACGGACGGACACAUCAUUCAUAUAGAUUUUGGCUUCAUGUUCGAAUCGUCCCCGGGUGGAAACCUGGGCUUCGAGCCCGACAUCAAGCUGACCGACGAGAUGGUGAUGGUGAUGGGCGGCAAGAUGGAGGCGCCGCCCUUCAGGUGGUUCUGCGAACUGUGCGUGCAGGCGUUCUUGGCUGUCAGGCCAUACCAAGAAGCGAUAAUAUCGAUGGUAUCACUAAUGCUGGACACAGGCUUGCCCUGUUUCCGCGGGCAGACGAUACGGCAGCUUCGGUCGAGGUUCGCGCCUAACUCUACGGAAAAGGAGGCAGCGGCAUACAUGCUCUCCGUGAUAAGGAACUCCUUCCUCAACUUCAGGACUAGGACGUAUGACAUGAUACAGUAUUAUCAGAACCAAAUUCCUUAUUAAAGUAAUCACAAUUCACAAAAAAUUAAAAAAAAAAUAUAUGGAAAUAGAAAAAAUAAUAGGAAAUGUUACUGUAAAAAACCAUAAAUAUGGUUAAUAUAACAUUUAAAAAAAAUAAUAAUUAACCAUCAGGGUUAGAUAACUAUUUUAGAGGUGAAUAACAACUUUCCUAUCAGAAAAUUAUUGAUAUCUUGUAAUUAUCUUACCGAUAUUCACCUUUAAUAGGAUUAUAAUGGCCAUUCUACACAAAUAAAUAAAAUAUUAUUGUAUAAAUGUGUAUCUAAUUAGAUACACAAUAUAAUACGAUAUUCUUUGGGGUUUAAAAUUUGGAAUCUGGAAACCCUCGAGAUCUGCUUGCUACCUUACAAAUGGUCUAAACUUUAUAAUUACUUACAUACUCAUGGUAGUAACAAGGGUUGACAAAUUUUUAGUUGUCAUAAUAUCCUGUCAGGCCUGCCUGAUCUGGUCUCAAAAAGCCUACAAUAGUAGAUACCAUCGUAGGCUUUCUAUUCCAUAAUUCAUUCUUUUUAUGUCCUUUAAUUUGUUCGGAUUAUGUUACUUACCAUUUUCUUAUUGCGAAACUUGUUGAGUGGAGUAAUUUUUAAUACGAUGUUAAUGGAAACAAACGAAAAAUAAUUAAUCUAUUAAUUCAAUUACUUAUUUAAUUUUAUAAAUUUUAUGAAUGAUGAUUUUAUACGUAUCUUAAUUUUGUAGUUUCAAUUUUUAUCUAUACAAUUUGUUAUACAUAUUUACUUAGAAUUCUAAUUACUAUUUGUCACGGUCAGAAAUGGUGUACAAGGCUAUGGUUAUUAAUUAAAAAGGUUUUGGUACUUACCAUUACAAGUUGUGGUGAUUUUGUAUCUUUGAGGAUACAAGGCAAAAAGGGUGUUGAUCUCUGUGAAUUUUUUUAUUUAAGAUAUAGGCAAAUGGGAAUAUUAUUUAUUGACGAUGGGGUAAGGAUAAAUGAUGGGAUACUAAUAAAAAAUAUAUAUUUGUACUUAUGCAUACACAUUCGAAGGGAUACAUUUUUGUAAUGGCAUUAAAUAUCAUGAUUGUAAUACUGGUAAUUUAAAAAUAAUUUCCAAAUUACUAAAUUGAUAGAAGCGUUAACUUUAACCUUAUUAACGGCCACAGAGUAAAGAAUGAUCCAGUACGAGUCUUUACAAGUAGCGUGGUAAAGCCGGUGAAACAAAUAAAAAAAGCAAACGUCACGUGUCUCCUUGACAUCCGCAUAUACAAAUUUUAUUCAUAAUUUGUAUUUCAAAAUUUAACACUAACAACAAUUACGUAAAUUAAUGUAAUAAUCAAUAAUUACUAAUAAAAAAUUACUCCAUCUUAUUUUUUUACUUUAUGUAAACAGUUUUUAAAAUAUUUAUAAACAUAAUAUGAUGCCAUUUUUCUUGAAUGAUAUUGAAAAUUACAAUGCGACGCUUCGUGUCGUACUGACUGGAAAAUGUAUUAUUUUUUGAAUUUUGUAUUUCGAACGGCUACGACACCGUCGUGUUCCGUGCGCUCUAUCUGCUUAUUAUUCUUUAAUCUGUGAUAACGGCAGUCAUAUUGAAUUCAAAAUGGCGGUGGCGCGUAGACAAUAUAGACUAAUAGAUGGCGUGCCGGCUAUGAAUAUUUCAGAAGUGUUGAAAUAAAAUAAUACAUAUCGCGUCUCUUUUCUUUAUAAAAUGCAUAUUUUUUUUUCUAAAAACGCAUUGGCAUAUUUACUUCAAUGACCUUACAAAAAAGAGGCUUGCAAUUUUCAUUCGAAGAAACUCCAUACGUUUGUUACUAAAUAGAUUUUGACAGCGUCUUGUGACGCGCAUACAUUAUACCAAAAAAUCUUAAAAAAAAAAAUAGAUGGUUCCUCAUAUAGAAAAUAGAUUGAUAUAGCCAAAACUGUUCUAAAAUUAUAACCACUAUAUGUUAAUAAAGAGAUGUGUUAUAUCGUUUUAUAGCUUUACUUGUGUAGUAAUACUGUUGGAAGAUACGAGAAUUGUAUGAGAAAAUAAGAUAAUUAUUUUGUCACGUCCAUCGAUCUACUAUUAAAAAGUGGAUGCACAAUCAGCGAACAAAAAACGUCCUCACUCAAUGAGUGCGAAACACAAGCUCUUGACACUCAAUUCAAAUAGUCGCAUUUGCAAAUUCAACCUUAAACUCAAUCCUUAAGUUGAAUUUGCUCUGAUUUUAGGAUUUUAUUGAAUAUUUAAAGGGCUUAAUUUUCUUUACCAAUAUUUCUAAAUCUGUCAAAGCAAAAUUGGCCAGUUUUUAAGCGAAAUUUUCUACAAGAUUGUGCGUCCUUUUAUUAUAAGAGGUCAAUGGUCACGUCUCAUAUUCUUUCAUCUAUUUUCUUUCUUUUAUACUUUGAGCGUGUACUCGUAAGAGUAAGUGAUUACCUACUUUUCAGAAAGUAUUUUAACUUUUAUAUUUCUGAUUCCGUGAUGUGUUAUUAUGUCUACGUACGUGAUGUAUGUAAUUAUCAAUUAUUUAAUAAUAUUUAUAAUUAAUAAUUAUUAUUUGAUUAGAUUGAUGUGUAAUUAAUGAAAGUAAAUGUUGUUCUCGUUUGUUGAUGUUGUUGAUCAUGUAUUAUAUUCUAUUUAAUGAUUGAAUUUAUCAUUAUUAUAUAUUAAAUAAUAUUUAGAAUCUUUGCCAGUAGCUACAUCACAGAUUGAUUUAAAGGACGAUAGAAAUAAUAUACAACGGUUUAAUUUUAUUGUACCAGUACUGUUUCUGGACGACAGUCUAGAAUCUAUGCUAAAUACUGUGUGUACAUUUUUCUAUUCUUCGACAACUAGGUAUCACAGAUUGACACCUAUCUUUUAUUCAAAGUCAAGAUGUACUUUAUUAAUAAUACAGGCAUGUAAUGUAACGCUCUUAUGCAUAUAUAUUUCAUUAAAAAAGAUUCAAAGUUUAAUUUUCUAAUUGAAAUAUUUCUGUUUAUUUUUAAUUGGUGCUUCCAGGUAAGAUGAACCUCCUUUUAUGAGGUUAUAGUGUCAAAAAAGUGGGCAUUCCAUCCACAUAACUGAUAUUUUUUUGGAAUGAUCUCUAAACUAUAUUAUGAUCAGAAAUUUAAAUCAGUCUGUGUUGUAACCAAAAUAUCACGUAAAGCAAUAAGUUUCAAGUAAUAAACUAAAUGUUACCAUUGCAAAAAAGUAUAUCCUAUUUAUUAAUUUUAUCUCAGUUUAUCACUUGCGACGUAUUGCCGAUUAAAAAAAAAGAAACUGUAAUUGCGUAAUUGUUUAAUGAAUAUAUUUGUACAUUCCUCCUGUAGUAUCUAUGUUGUUGGUAUUAAAAUAUCUGCUAUA